CGCGCAGCCCCCGCAGCUCCGGACGUGGCCCGCCUGGCUGCCGAGUCCCCGCCAGAGCCGAGGCGCCGAGGGCCCGGGUGCCUGGCGGCCGCGUGGGCGGCCGUGGCCGUGGCAGACAUGCUGCUACUCAAGAAACAGACCGAGGACAUCAGCCGCGUGUAUGAGAUCCGGGAGAAGCUCGGAUCGUGAGGGCGCCUUCUCCGAGGUGGUGCUGGCCCAGGAGAGGGGCUCCGCACACCUUGUGGCCCUCAAGUGCAUCCCCAAGAAGGCCCUUCGGGGCAAGGAGGCUCUGGUGGAGAACGAGAUCGCUGUGCUCCGCAGGGUCAGCCACCCCAACAUCGUGGCUCUGGAGGACGUCCAUGAGAGCCCUUCCCACCUCUACCUGGCCAUGGAGCUGGUGACAGGGGGCGAGCUGUUUGACCGCAUCAUGGAGCGCGGCUCGUACACGGAGAAGGACGCCAGCCACCUGGUGGGCCAGGUCCUGGGCGCGGUCUCCUACCUGCACAGCCUGGGUAUUGUGCACCGGGACCUCAAGCCUGAAAACCUCCUGUACGCCACACCCUUUGAGGAUUCAAAGAUCAUGGUCUCCGACUUCGGCCUAUCUAAAAUCCAGGCUGGCAACAUGCUGGGUACAGCCUGUGGGACCCCGGGAUAUGUGGCCCCGGAACUCCUGGAGCAGAAACCCUACGGGAAGGCCGUGGAUAUGUGGGCCCUGGGUGUCAUCUCCUACAUCCUGCUGUGUGGGUACCCUCCCUUCUACGACGAGAGCGACCCUGAGCUCUUCAGCCAGAUCCUGAGGGCCAGCUAUGAGUUUGACUCCCCCUUUUGGGAUGACAUCUCUGAAUCAGCCAAAGACUUCAUCCGGCAUCUCCUGGAGCGGGACCCCCAGAAGAGGUUCACCUGCCAACAGGCCUUGCAGCACCUUUGGAUCUCUGGGGACGCGGCCUUUGACAAGGACAUCCUGGGCUCAGUCAGUGAGCAGAUCCAGAAGAACUUUGCCCGCACCCACUGGAAGCGUGCCUUCAACGCCACCUCGUUCCUGCGCCACAUCCGCAAGAUGGGGCACAGCCCAGAGGGCGAGGAGGCGCCCCGGCAGGGGAGGGCCCGCCACACCCACCCAGGCCUCCGGACUGGACCGUCCCACCAGUGGUGAUGCCCAGGUGCCGGAGGUCCAGCAGCUUGCGGAUUGACCCCCAGAUUUCUGUCCCCUGGACCCUUUCAGCCCCCACCCCACCCCACUCCCCGGGGCUGGCCUCUGCUGGAAAGCUUGAAGUACGCGGGGGUGGUGCCCAGCAGGGGCGGGGGGCGACCAAGGCAAGCCCCCAUCUGCCCCCAGGCUCUGCCCUGGCCCCGGCUGGGCCCGGGGCUGGCCGGGGAAUGUUCGCAGGGGCUCCCCCGUCUCGCCUCCACACCUCACCUAGGAGCCUAGGGGGCGUCGGCAUGCAGGCUCCGGUGGCCUUUCUCCCUGCACGGCUGUUCUCUGCUUGGCUGAGUGUGGGUGGUCCUGCUUGUAUUGUGGCCUUCCAGCCCCCUCCGGUUUUCCCCAAAUCAAUAAAGACGGACAGAGCAAUGUG